AUCACUUAUUUUUGAUUUCUUGGUUUUGUCAAUCUUUUCUUGUAGAUAUUUUUUUUUUUUAUUUAUCGUUUAUCCAUCACCGUACAAUUAUUUGUCUGUCUGUUUGUGUGUGUGUGUGUGUGUGCAUUUACGCAAUGAAUAACGACAACAGCGACGAUGUUAAUAUUGUGAUCAAACAUAAUGAUAAUGAUGAUGAUGAACAAUCAUCAUCAACAAUGGCAACAAUGUUAACAAAUGAAUUUGAUCAAAUAAAAAUAUCCAAUACGUCAAUGAUGAAAUUAUAUGAAAAUCCAAAUAAUCUCCAUAAUGAUAAUGAUGAUGAUCAACUACCAGAAUCAAAUUCAUCAUCGUCGUCAUCACAAUCAUCAUCAAUUGAAUAUAUUUGUUAUAAAAAUGAAACACAAAUGCCCGAUAUAAUGCGUUUAAUACAAAAAGAUUUAUCUGAACCAUAUUCAAUUUAUACAUAUCGUUAUUUUAUUCACAAUUGGCCACAAUUAUGUUUUCUUGCAAUGGAUCAGAAUGUAUGCAUUGGAGCAAUUGUUUGUAAACUUGAUUAUAAAAAAAGAAAAAUUCUACGUGGUUAUAUAGCCAUGUUGGCUGUGGAUGAACGUUAUCGUAAACGUAAAAUUGGAUCGAAUCUUGUGCUGAAAGCAAUCAAUGUUAUGAUCGAAUUGAAUGCCGAUGAAGUUGUACUUGAAACCGAGGUUACAAAUCGUCCAGCAUUGAUGUUAUAUGAAAAUCUAGGAUUUAUACGUGAUAAACGUCUGUUUCGUUAUUAUUUAAAUGGUGUGGAUGCUUUACGUUUGAAAUUAUGGUUAAAAUAAAAUAUAAAAAAAUUAUCGGAAA